AUUAUCUUGUAAUUGUCCUAACUCUAGUUUUUUAUUACUCUAAUUGUAUUGCUAUUUUUAUAACCAUUUCAUUAUUAAACUUUUAAAAUUUCUAAAAACAAGUGACUGAUGUUUCUCACAGGCCCGCGGCUGGAGAAUCAGCACUGACCGUGGCCUGGGAAGGAAACACGGGGCCAGGAAGCAUCUGCUUGAAAGCCAUCCUCCCAGGCAGCCUCACAGAAUGAUUUUGUUGUGCAGACAGGUCGGUGCUAAUUUCUGACAGAACGUCAGCGGUUAAAGGGAAUCCCGUUACCCCCUCGUUACUGAGGCGCUUCCACAACGUGCUUUGAUCUUGCCACCACACAGACUUCCAUCCUCCGGCGCAGCCUCUCCCAGAACUCGGCGGUGGAGGCAGCUGAGGCGAAGUUAGCCAGGGCGGGAGGAGCCGCCCCCGGCCCCGCCCCGGAUCGGCCCCGCCCCACCAGGCUGGCCCCGCCCCUCGGCCCCGCCGCCCCACUGCGCGCGCGCCCCGGCUCGUGACGUCAUGCCGCAACCUCCCCUCGCUCUACGCGCAGCCCGGAAGCGUCCGCCCGGGCAGCAGAGGCGCUGGAAGAAAGGUUCCGGGCAGGUUGGGUUCCGGGGCUGCCCGCUGAGGCGCGGCGCGGCCCGCGAUGAUCCCGGUGCCGGUGGUGGUGACCGUGCUGGGCGGCUGGUGCGCCGUGUACCUGGCGGACACGCUGCUCAAGUCCUCCAACUCUCUGAAGGCAUCGUACGAGGACUGGCUGCUGACGUACGGCUUGAGCGUCUCUCCCUUUCACCUGCGCUGGCAAACAGCUCUCUUCAACCGCCAGUUCUACAACUGGGGGAGAUGGAAACCCAAAUUUCUCUACUUGUGGUUCAGUGUAGGAAUGGUGUUUGGAAUAGUUGCCAUGUUUGGCUCUGUUAUUCUGCUUGGAAAGACCCUGCUGCAGACACUGACCCAGAUGCUCACCGAGGCUCCGAAAGCCCAGAAUGAUCGAAUGCUGCAAGUCGUGGUGCCUGGUGUCAAUUUGCCCAUCAGCCAGCUGACCUAUUUCUUCUCUGCAAUCCUCAUCAGCGGUGUGAUACAUGAAGUCGGCCAUGGGGUGGCAGCUAUUCGAGAACAAGUACGAUUUAAUGGAUUUGGAAUUUUUAUCUUCAUUGUCUAUCCUGGAGCAUUUGUUGACCUCUUCACAACUCACUUGCAGUUGAUAUCUCCUGUUCAGCAGUUAAGGAUAUUUUGUGCAGGAGUGUGGCAUAAUUUUGUUCUUGGUGUUGCCAGUUUCAUGGUCUUGUUUCUGCUGCCAGCCAUUCUUUUCCCAUUCUAUUACACGGGUGUUGGGGCACUUGUCACUGAGGUUGCAGAGGAUUCUCCUGCCAAUGGACCGAGAGGUCUUUUUGUGGGAGACCUUGUCACAAACCUGCAAGACUGCCCAGUUUAUAAUGUGGAAGACUGGAAUUCCUGUCUGGGAGACAUUUCAGAGAAGUCACAGGUCGGCUACUGUGUAAGUGCAGCCACCCUACAGCAAUUAAGCUUUCCAGCUAGAGUUUACAGAAGACUUGAUGGCACAGUUGAAUGUUGUAGUAACAACAGCCUCACAGACAUUUGCUUUUCAUACAGCAAUAAGUUGGAGAGCCAUCUGUAUGCCUGUAUGCCAGCACGAAAAGUUAUUGAAGCCAGCAAAGUUUGUCGAACCAACAUGGACUGCCAUAAGGACUUCGUUCCAAGCUUUUGUGUGACUCCUUCUUUGGAGAACCAAACAAGGCUAAUCAGGGUAAAGCAUCCACCCCAUAUUGACAUGCUCUAUGUAGGACACCCCAUGCAUCUUCAGUACACAGUAAGUCUCAGCAGUUUUGUACCACGACAAAACUUUCUAAGUAUCGAUCUGCCUGUGAUGAUAGAGACGUUUUGCAAGUACCUAAUCUCACUAUCAGGAGCGCUGGCAGUUAUCAACGCUGUACCCUGCUUCGCUUUGGAUGUGUUCCCCAUAGAAGCUGCUGCAGGCUCAGAGUUCCUUUACAGAAAUGGCCUUUCCAUUAGAAACUGAAGUGGAACCUAAGCUCACAGAUCCUGGCUGGCAGGGAGUACUGAAACAUCCAUGACCAGGUAAAAUAGAUUCUUUUGGCACUUGAGGUGAAAGCCUGGGUAAUUUCAAAGUAUUGACGUAUACUUUUGCACAGUAGCUUUCUUACGAUGAUGCAAGCAGCAACGAGACACCAUGUUUAUUUAUUUGUUGUUGACUAAUUUAUAUCCCCUUCCAGUGCUACCACAGGCUGAGUGGGCCCUUGAAGUUCACUCUUUGGGGUGGCUGGCCUGUGCCUCUCCUUUUCAGUCAUUUCAACCCAGGCAAGUUGGGACAGGUGCUGGUAAGAGAGGGUGAAUCCUUCAAUCCAGUGUGAGCUGGCCCCUUUGGGGACCAUUAAAAGUAAAACAAAGUGCAAGAAAGGAAAACCAAACUACACUCUGUAACCCUAAUUUGUCAUCACUCCUGGAAGCACAGAGAGGUUUCAGAGUAGCAGUUCUGAUGGGCCACUCUGCCAUCCCUCGGUGGACAGGAGACAGGAGCAGCCUGGUCCUUGCACAAGGCCUGGCUCUGAGACUGUUCCAGACUGCUCUCUUACCUCAGUGGCUGUUUUCUUAUCUGAGCUCUUCCUUUCAGUGGCUUUAUAACACUUUCCUCUGCCUCAUCCAAUCUACAGUGCAAAAAAAUAAUUUGGACUUCGAAGUUUUAAUGUAGUUUAGUAAGACAGGGUAUUUACUUUUGAAACAUGUCAAGUUUAAUAUUUAUUUAUUCAUGUUGACUACAAUGGCUUGGAACAAUCCUUUAACAUAGUGCCUCUCAUGGAUAUGUAGGCAACAGAUUUGGGAAAACCCAAAGCUUCUGAAUUGGCAUGCACAAAUUUCAUUUGCUAUAAUGAGGCUGGCAGGCUGUUCCUGGUUAUUUAGUGUGCUACCAAAACAUGAAGUUUUAUCAAAUGAAACUAAAGCCAGUGUACUUUACACAGUCAGUGAAAGCCACAGUUCUACUGAGUAGAACUUCAGUCUAUGUCUGACCUCAUAAGCAAGAAGAGGGUGGAAAAGACAUUGGUCAUGGCUUUAGCAAAACAGACACACUAGUGCACUGUAAAGACCCUAGAUACCCUGUCAUGUAUGAGAGUACUAGAAGUGCUUAAAAAUAAUUCAUGAGUCCAUUUCUCCACAUGCUAAAAUUUGACUGAGUAAGGGUUGAUUUAGGUGCGUACAGGUUCUUUAAAUCAAGACUUUAAGCAAACUGAGUAUGAAUGGUGACCCAGCACAUCUUAGAUUAGUGUGAACAAAGGUAAUAAUUAGGUUGGACUAUUCUCUGAAGAAAAAGUUGUUCAGUGGGUCCAUUUCAUUCUCUGUAAUCCUGACAUAUGGAUUACAUUCUGAUAAGCAUGUGCCAUACAUACACUUACUGGGAUGAUUUUUCCUUGGGUUUUGGUCAUUUAUUUAGCAAGAUAAAGCACAAAAGUACAGAGUGAUUUUUGUGUGUUAGAUUUUUACUGGAGUACUUCUGAUGUGUGUUGUUUUUGUAAAAACAGGAAGUCUUUAAAUUAAAUCCUUCUACAUCUUAUUCUAAUUAGCCCCUCCGAAUCUUUAAUACAGAAUCCCUCAAUAUAAUUUUAGGGCAUAUUGACUGGACUAUAAAACACAGCACUCUUGAAGGUUGGAUGGCUGCUAUUAUUUAUGUAAAUACUAUGCAUUUUAAAUCUGUAUCAGAUGGAAAAAGUAAUGUCUAAUAUUCAGAAAUGUUAUACUUAGCUUUUGUUUGAAAAUUUUCAGAAGAAUUCCAUAAUUAUAAUCAUUGUUCUACUUUUUUUAAUGAAAUAGUUUUUUAUAUCAGCAAAUAUUUACAUAGCAUGUUAUGAUAGUGCAUGAUAUGACAUGAAAAUGGCAAACUCCUUAGCAUGGGGGAUGUUACAUGCUCUUUGCUAACUUAGGAAUUUAAAACCAGCUUGCUUCUGUACAAAUUAAAUGAAAGAGGCUUCAGUAGAAAAAGUAUAGACAAACUUGCAGAUUAGUCAUCCCAAAUUAUGAGCCACAGUGGAAAAUUUGUUAAGUCAUCCCUUUUAUUUAGAAUGAAACAACCAUGUUAACAGUUUCUAUGGCGACCAUGUUAAUAGUUAAUGUGAUAAUUCUACAUUUGUGGAUAUGUGUGUAUACAUACAUUUGUAUAACAGAUACCUACAUAGCCAUAGGAUGGAUUAAUGCUUUUUUUAGGGAUAGCUUACAGCAUAUCCUCCAUAUCCUGCAAUGUAGGCUUUUGUUUUUCCUUAUCUCUGUGAAUUCUCUCUAUGGUUUUCUCUGGAUAUGUUUUCUUCCCAAAAACAAUUCUUAACUUCUUUAUUAACAGAAGACAAGUGAUGCGGACAUGAUGUAACCACAGCUGCAUGAGUUUUGUUCAGCUGGUGUUUAAAGCAUGUUUCUUAUUUCUGUGAAGCCUCAGCUACAAGCAUGGUAAACACAGCUUUUUCAGGGCAACUAAAAAAGGUCAGCCUUCACUCUUUAUACUGCUGCUGUUUGUGCUGUUCUGGAGAACUGGGAUACUGUGUAGAGCAUAUUGAAGAAAUAAAGUUUUCAGGACAGAACUCUCCAUGGCAGUCAGGGUGUUUGAGCUUUCUUUUAAUAAGGAUAUGUUUUGUUCAGUUUAGCACAUCAGCAAUCCCAACGUUCCCAAAGCUUCCCAUACAUUUUACAUGAUGUCAAAGGGUGACCUCUAGGAAUAUUUUUAAAAUAAAUAAUGUAUGUCUUACAAAUUCAGAGCUUUCAUACAGAUCUGGAUAUCACUAAUGACAGAUGAAGAAGGCUUAUAAAGGUUUAUAUAGCCUAGUCUGUAUUUAAUUGUUUUAAAAAUAUGUGAGUUAAACUCUAGAUAUAAGUAGUUAUUUGUAAAAUACGCAUUCUGUACACCUGCAUUCAGACCAGUUUCCACAACCAGUCUUGCCUCAGCUUUGUUCUUGUAAUUUUGUGAGUAAGGAAUCUUGAAUCUUAACACAGGUAAGAUCCAAUGUUGGUAAAUAUUUUAUACCCUCUUUAUCCUGAAUUUCAUGUAAUGCUUUCUAUUAAUUAGUUAUUUAAUGUGACUGAGUUAUCUGGGAUACACACCCUGCAUCAAUGCAGCAUUUGGGAACAUUGCACUGGGGACUGCCAGAAAACAGCAGCUCUGUGACUCCUGGUCCUUGGGCUCAUCCACUCCAUCAUGUGAAGAGCAGAUGGCAGUGUUUAAGGGCAGUGAAGGACUUCAGUUCAUGGCAGCUUUAUGAAACUUUCACACUGCUGACCUGGUGUGAAAGGACAGGAACAAAGAGCAGGAUAUGACACUGCAAUUCCUUUCAUUCCGUUUACAUUGUCAUGAAACCUGAAAAGAACUUGUAAUUAACAUUUCAGAGCAGGAAGAUAUGUUUUCCAGCCCUUCACUGAAUCAUUCAGUGACUGGUGGUCAAACUUUUUUCUUAACACUUUGUCAUUCCUUCGAUAAAUAUGUGCUGAAUAAGUAGCAGGGGUAGUUGUAGCUUAUUUUGUAAAAUGGACUUGGGUAUUUCUCACCUCUGGAUGUUCAUCCUGGAAUGGUUUUUGCAGCAUCAUAAUAUAAUUGAUCUUCAUUGAUACUGGGUUGAAAGUUUGGAGGCUAUUUCCAAGCCAUCACUAGGAAAAACUAUUUCCAAGUUGUUUGUUAAUAUUUUAAAUUAAUCUUUUCCUUACAUGACAUUGUUUUUAGAUUUCAUAUACUCAGUUGAUCUUAUCUGAAGUCUGUCAAUGGAAUAGGUAUUGUUUAGAAAUUCACUGUGGGGUUUUUUUCCCUCUACAUGGCCUUAUUUUUCAAACUGACUCACAGCUGUGGAAUGUUAGAUUUCUAGACCCUUUGUUCCCACUAUGCAUUGUUCACGAUCAUGGGUUUUUUUAAAAAACUGGAAAAAAAGAAAGCUUCAUUUUGAAAAUGUCAGCUAACAAAUAUAUGGAACACUGAAUAAUGUAUUGUGGUUUUGUUUUGCUUUUUUCUCUAUUUAAUUAACCAAACAAUAAGUAUUGUUUUCUAUGUAUGAUAAAUGUAUCCUGCAAAUAAAUUCAUUGUCUGAUUGUUGA